GGUAUUCUAGAGCGCUUAGAUGCUGGAGAAAUUGUGAUUGGAGAUGGAGGAUUUGUCUUUGCUCUUGAAAAGAGGGGAUAUGUGAAAGCUGGGCCUUGGACUCCUGAAGCAACGGUAGAACAUCCAGAAGCAGUUCGUCAGCUUCACCGGGAAUUCCUCAGAGCUGGAUCCAAUGUUCUGCAGACAUUCACCUUUUAUGCCAGUGAGGACAAACUAGAGAACAGGGGGAAUUAUGUAGCUGAGAAAAUAUCUUGCCAGAAAGUGAACGAAGCUGCUUGUGACAUUGCAAGAGAAGUGGCUAAUGAAGGUGAUGCUUUAGUGGCUGGAGGAGUCAGUCAAACGCCAUCUUACUUAAGCUGCAAGGAUAAAGCAGAAGUUAAAGGAGCCUUUCGAAAGCAACUAGAUGUCUUUAUGAAGAAGAAUGUGGACUUCCUAAUUGCAGAGUACUUUGAACAUGUUGAAGAGGCUGUCUGGGCAGUUGAAGUUCUAAAAGAAUCUGGAAAGCCAGUUGCAGCUACAAUGUGCAUUGGUCCAGAAGGAGACAUGCAUGGUGUGCCCCCUGGACAAUGUGCUGUCCAGCUGGUUAAGGCUGGUGCUUCUAUUGUUGGAGUCAACUGCCAUUUUGAUCCAGAUACUUCCCUGGAAACCGUGAAACUGAUGAAAGAGGGCUUGCAGGCUGCUAAACUAAAAGCCCACCUGAUGUCCCAACCACUUGCUUUCCAUACACCUGAUUGUGGAAAGCAGGGUUUUAUUGAUCUUCCAGAAUUUCCCUUUGGUCUGGAGCCAAGAAUUGUAACCAGAUGGGAUAUUCAAAAAUACGCAAGAAAGGCCUAUGACUUAGGAAUUCGUUACAUUGGAGGUUGCUGUGGAUUUGAGCCAUAUCACAUCCGAGCAAUAGCUGAGGAGCUGGCUCCUGAAAGAGGAUUUUUGCCAGAAGCAUCUGAGAAACAUGGUAGCUGGGGCGAUAGCCUGAGCAUGCAUACCAAACCCUGGGUCAGAGCAAGGGCAAGAAAAGAAUACUGGGAGAAUCUGAAGCCUGCUUCAGGCAGGCCAUAUUGCCCUUCAAUGUCAAAGCCAGAUGGCUGGGGAGUGACGAAAGGAGCCAAGGAACUGAUGCAACAGAAAGAAGCAACAAGUGAACAACAGUUGAAGGAGCUAUUCCAGAAACAGAAGUUCUAAAUCACUGCAGUUGUGUAAAUGUUAAAAUGAUUUCUCUACAGACCAUCUCAUGCUUCACAAGAAAAUCUGUGGAGUACCCUGUUGAUUUAUCAGUUAAUGCAGAAAGAAUGUGAUUACAGAUUAAAUAUGUCAAUCUUUGAUAAUAAAUCUUUCUCUGAACAAA